CUUUUAUAUCACUCUCGCUUCCGCCAAGUCUCUCAACCCCUUCGGCUUCCUCUCGCCAUGUUUUCUAUUCUCUCUGCCUUUUUCUUUUCUUCUGCCGUGAAAAUUCCCCAUUAGCGGGGAUUCCUUCUUCUCUUCUCUUCCAUUGUUGAUUGUCUUUCUCUUCUUUGUUUUGUUGGUGAAAACAAUGGAACAGAGCUGUGAUACUGAAGAAGAGAUCACGGUCGCUAAUAUCAUGUUGGAGCUCUCCCAAUCCGAGCUACGCCGUCGCUUUGACUUCACUUGGGGCUCCUCCAAGGGCAGGAGAUCUACUUGUUCGAAAUCAAGGUUCGCCGCCGCAUCUUUCCCUACUCCGAAACCUUCACCACAACCACAACCGAAAUCUCCGUCGCCGUCCUCGAAAGUCGUCGGUUCUGCUUAUGCGACUUUGGGACCGUUGGAAAAGGCUUUGUUGACUUCCAGUCCCGCUACCCCUCUUUACUUCCCCCACAGUGAAUCUGAUGAGAAACAUCCGGCGCCACCUAAGCGAAAGCCCCAUGUCAAUAAUCUUAAAAAGAAGAAAGAACAAUUGUUGGAGAUUAUCGAAGAUUUUACUCGGCACAAUGAAUUGCUUAAAAAGGAAAUAGAGCAUAAGAAGCGGUUUUACGAUCAACAGAAAUCUGAAAACAUGGAGUUGAAAGCAAAGAAACUAAAGAUUUCCAUGGCGGCCGGAAACACCAACCGUGGUGAAAACCUGCAUCAACAACCGUUGAUGAUGGAAAUGCACAAGAAUCCUGAAUACCCGAUUGGUGGAAUGAUUUGCUGGGUAACUUCAAACAUCGGGGGAACAAGCAAGCUAAAUGAUAAUGUGGGACCACUUGGUGUCAUCGAUCUCAACGUGUCUCCAGAGGAAGCCUUUGGCUUUGAUCCGGAAACAGCAACAAAGGCUAGAGCUGCUCAAGCCAGGCUUAAAAGGAAACAGAUUUGCAGGUCUAAGAUUAAGAAUUCUAAUUCUGCAUGUAAAGCUCUUCACCCCUCGUAGAUGAUUCAAUUUUUUUUGGGAGUAGAGUAUGGCAAACGGCAAUUGUAAA